GUGGCCAGUCGUCACUUCCGGCUUCCUCUCUGGUUGCCAUCUUGCUUACCCGCGUGUGUUCCCCUGUCUUUGGGUCUUCUACCUGCAACCCCUCGAGUAACAGCCCCGCUCAUCUGCGUAGCUCAGUUUCCGUUCCGGCAAGAUGAAAGAAACGAUUAUGAACCAAGAGAAACUUGCCAAGCUGCAGGCACAAGUGCGCAUUGGUGGGAAAGGAACUGCUCGGAGAAAGAAGAAGGUGGUUCAUAGAACAGCUACAGCAGAUGAUAAGAAACUUCAGUUUUCCUUAAAGAAGCUAGGAGUAAACAAUAUCUCUGGUAUUGAAGAGGUGAAUAUGUUUACCAACCAGGGAACAGUGAUCCACUUUAACAAUCCUAAAGAAGCAUCAUUGGCAGCAAACACUUUCACUAUUACAGGCCAUGCUGAGACAAAGCAGCUAACAGAAAUGCUCCCCAGCAUCUUAAAUCAGCUAGGAGCUGACAGUCUGACUAGCUUAAGAAGACUGGCAGAGGCUUUGCCCAAACAACCUGUCGAUGGAAAAGCACCACUUGCCACUGGGGAGGAAGAUGAUGAUGAAGUUCCAGAUCUUGUUGAGAAUUUUGAUGAGGCUUCCAAGAACGAGGCAAACUGAAUUGAGUAUCAACUUCUGAAAGUUAAAACUUGAAAGUUAUAUGGAGCUGCUAUUUUAUAUUGUGUGACUGCUUUUUUCCUUUUUUCUUAUCUUUUGUUUUUGUUUGUGGAUCUGGAGAAUUGGAUCUAAUAUUUUGAAGGCCUUUGGACAUUGCAGCUCUUUUCAUUUAUUGCUUAUACACAGUUCAUUCUUUGCAGCCUAACUAUGCUGAACAAGCCUGGAAUUAAAGUUUGAAAAAAAAAGGUUAAUAAAAUCUUUACCUAGUAUGCAGUUGA